AUGAAGUCGAUGAUUUUUCACGCGAAUGUACGUGCUAAUGACCCCGUUGGUGGGUGUCAUCGGAUAAUUCGUGAACUCGAGCAGCAGAUUCAGCAUUACGAGGCUGAGCUCGAGGUUGUUCUUCGUCAACUAGUGGUUUGUCGUGUAGAAAAUGUAGUGAAUGAAAUGCAAAACCCUAAUAGUGUAGUUGGUUCGAGUGAUUACUAUGGUCAUCAACCUAUUCAAGAUCCAUUAGGGUUUGAUGAUAUGCAAAGAAGUGGUGCAAUUAAAGUAGAUAUGCAAGCUUCUUCUUCGUCGUCGAUGGUGAUGAAUAAUGGUAAGCAGAUUUUGUUGAGGAAUCGGAAUAUAUCAAGCCACAACAGCCCAUUCUAUUCCAGUCCGAUGAAUCAAUUGAGUUAUUCAG